AUGCCGGGGCAGAGACCCAGGGAGCGUCCACACCGGGAGCACGGGGCGCGGACCCGGCUGGAGGCACCGGGAGAGCAUCUGGCCUGUGAGCGAAAAGCCGAGGAGGAGCGGCAAAGUGCAGAGCUGCUGAAACAGACGGAAGCCGAGAGGCAGAAGAUCGUUGCUGAGUGGAAGGAGCUGCGAGGGUUUCUGGAGGAGCAGGAGCAGCUCCUGCUGUCCCAGCUGGAAGAGCUAGCCAGAGCCAUCGUCAGGAGACGGGACGAGGGCGUCUCCAGACCAUCCAGGGAGAUUUCCCUGCUCGGAGAGGAGGGGCAGCAGCAGCCAGGGAGCCAAUCCCCACAGGGUGCUGGACGCACUGAGAGCAGGGAGGAUGGGCCGUUUCAGAAGCCAGAGCCAGCGUUUGCGGAGCUGGAGAAGAGACUCAGCGAUUUCUCUCUGAAAAGUGCCAUCCUGCAGGAAGUGCUGCUGGGAUUCAAAGAGACUCUGCGACUGGAGCUGGAGAACAAUACAGCAGGUGAUGGGGCAGUGAGUGAGAACGAGGAGGAGAAUCCGCAGCAGGGAGAUACUCAGCAUGUGGAACCACCCGGGAUGUUAUCAGAAAGAUCUGAAAAGAAUAUUCACUGGAGUCGUGAGCAGAGAAAAGGUCAUGAGAGUCCGCUCUGGCCAGAGAAGCAGCAGGGAAAUCAGCCAGGGGAUGGUCGGGGAAGUGGCAAGGACCUCCAGGAAACCACAGCCCAGCAGAGAAUCCCCCCAGGAGUGAGAAAAAACACCUGCACGGAGUGUGGGAAAACCUUCAGUAGCUGCUCAGCUCUUAUUACACAUCAGAGAAUCCACAUGGGCAAAACACCCUAUAGAUGCUGCGAGUGCGGGAAAAGCUUCAAUCGGAACUCGCACCUUAGUAGACAUCGGAGACUCCAUACGGGACAGAGACCCUUUAAAUGCUCCGAGUGCGGGAAAAGUUUCAGUGUGAGCUCAAACCUUAUUGCACAUCAGACAAUCCACACAGGAACCAGACCCUUUACCUGUUCUGAGUGCGGGAAAAGCUUCAAUCGGAACUCAAACCUUAUUACACAUUUUAGAAUCCACACGGGCAGUAGACCUUUCACAUGGUUUCCCAUUUCCAAACCUGAUGUGAUCUCCCAGCUGGAACUAGGGAAAGAGCCGUGGGUCCCAGAUCUUCAGGGCUCAGAGGAAAAAGAGCUCCUAAGAUGCGCCUACACAGGUGAUGGGACAGUGAGGGAGAAUGAGGAGCAAGUGGAACAAUCUGGGGCGUUAUUGCAAAGAUCCAAAGGGACUGUGCCCAGGAGUUCUGAACAGGGAAAAGCCUGUGAGAGUCAGCACAGGCCAGAGAGUCAGCAGGGCAACCAACCAGGGCAAAAAGUGGGUAAAUCCAUUAAUUGUCAGGAAACUCAUGAGGACCUCAAGGAAACCACAGCCCAGCAGAGAAUCCCCACAGGCGAGAGAAACAACACGUGCACGGAGUGUGGGAAAACCUUCAGUAGCCGUUCAAGCCUUAUUACACAUCAGCGGAUCCACACAGGAGAGCGACCCUAUAACUGCUGUGAGUGUGGGAAAAACUUCAGUCGGAGCUCAACCCUUAUUACACAUCAGAGAAUCCACACAGGAGAGAGACCUUAUGGAUGCUGUGAGUGUGGGAAAACCUUCAGUCAGCGCUCACACCUUAUUACACAUCAGAGAAUCCACACAGAAGACAGGCCCUAUGAGUGCUGUCAGUGCGGGAAAACCUUCACUCGACACGCACACCUUAUUAGACAUCAGCAGAUCCACACAGGAGAGAGACCCUAUGAAUGCUGUGAAUGCAGGAAGAACUUCACUCGGAGCUCACAUCUUAUUACACAUCAGAGGAUCCAUACAGGAGAAAGACCCUAUAGAUGUUCCGACUGUGGGAAAAGCUUCCAUCAGAGCUCAGCUCUUAUUUAUCAUCAGAGAAUCCACAAGGGAGAUAAAAACCAUAAAAACUUUGUCUAG